UGGCGAGCACGUCAAGGUCUGUUUUCUCAUUUAUUUUUAUUCCUGUUUCCGUCGUACUGAAGUAAUUUGUUUAUAUAUUGUAUAACUGAAUUUUAAUAAUGUUGGUUAAGAUUCUACAAUUGAGGCAAAUAAGGUGGUCUGCUAUGCUCACCCCGACGCGCCGCUUAUUGAGGAUUACCGGGCAGGUGACAUGAUCUGCUCGGAAUGUGGCCUCGUCGUCGGAGACAGAGUAAUUGAUGUGGGUUCAGAAUGGCGUACAUUCAGCAACGAGAAGUCGGGAGUAGACCCCUCUCGUGUUGGUGGUCCCGAGAACCCUCUCCUCUCGGGCGGAGACCUUUCCACAAUCAUCGGUCCUGGCCGUGGCGAUGCUUCAUUUGACAGUUUUGGUGUAUCAAAGUAUCAGAACAGACGCAGCAUUAGCAGUACAGACAGAGCUCUGAUUAAUGCAUUCAGAGAGAUCAACACAAUGGCUGACCGCAUUAAUCUUCCCAAAACUAUUGUGGACAGGGCUAACAAUUUGUUUAAACAGGUACAUGAUGGCAAAAACUUAAAAGGCCGAGCAAAUGACGCCAUUGCGUCAGCAUGCCUAUACAUUGCCUGCCGCCAGGAGGGCGUGCCUCGUACAUUCAAAGAGAUCUGUGCUGUCAGCAAAAUCAGCAAGAAAGAGAUUGGCCGGUGUUUCAAACUCAUUCUCAAAGCUCUGGAGACCUCGGUGGACCUCAUCACCACAGCGGACUUCAUGUCCCGAUUCUGCUCAAACUUGGGGCUUCCGAACUCUGUCCAAAGGGCAGCCACACAUAUUGCAAGGAAGGCGGGAGAGCUGGAUAUCGUGUCUGGACGAAGUCCUAUUUCAGUUGCCGCCGCUGCUAUUUAUAUGGCUUCUCAGGCAUCAGAAGACAAACGCAGCCAGAAAGAGAUCGGCGACAUCGCUGGCGUGGCCGACGUUACCAUCCGGCAGUCCUACAAGCUCAUGUAUCCAUUUGCAGCUAAACUCUUCCCCGAUGACUUCAAAUUCGCCACACCCAUCGAGUUCCUCCCACAGAUGUAGACUGUAUGUGCAAACAGUAAUAUUGACAAUAUUUAUCACUAACUGUGUUGACGUCAGUAAUAUUGACAAUAUUUAUGACUGGCAGUCCUGCAAACUAAUGUCGCAACCAAAUUGUUCCCUGAUGACUUCAAGUUAGCUACACCUAUCGAAUUCCUACUCCUGAUGUAGAUAUGUGGAAACUUCAGUAAUAUUGACAAUAUUUAUUACUGAUAAUCUGGCAGGUCUACAAGCUCAUGUACACGUUUGCGGCCAAACUGUCCCCGGACAACUUAAAUUCGCCACACCUAUCGAGUUCUUGCCGCAAAUGUAAUAUUUACAAUAUUUAUCAGUAUCAGCCUGACCAUCUGGGAGUCCGACAACCUAAGAAUCGUCAGUUGACGUCAGUAAUAUUGACAAUACUUAUCAAGAUACCAGGCAUGACAGAAAAUUAUUCCUGACAGUGUUUGAAGACCAGCAUGACAAUUAUCUCAGGUUUCUAGUAUCAAUAUACAGUGUUCGGUUCAUUGUUUGUCAAAUAAAAAAAGUCCACUUUUUUCCACCCCUACCCAUGUUUUUCGUAAAACAACUUAUCUGCCAUUUUUAAUUUAAUGUACCAAACACAAAUAACUAUCCAUUUAUGCAUCGGCCGGUGAACUCUGUGAAUUGCCCCACUGAGGAUAUCGCCCGCUGUUAGUCGCAUCUUUACACAAAAACAAACAACUUCGUAAAUUCUGUCGACGAGAUUCCUUACAAUACAUUCACAUAUUAUUUAUAAGUGUUGAUUGCUAUUAAUGAGGCUAGACUUAUUUUAGUGUAUAAUCGCAGCGUGCGACAUGCAGUGAAUUGCCCCACUGGAAUCGCCCGCUGUUGCUUAUCCAUUCUGUUUGCCUGUACCAUCACAUAAUCUGUUAACUGAUGAUGCGUAAACCUUAUUGUAAAGAGAUAAGAACUAUCAAACGUCAGUACCAUAUUGUCAUCGUUACUAAUAUAAACUAAGCCUUAUAGUGAUAAAUAAUGUCAUUAUUACUUUCAAAUAUCAAAGAUUUCCAAUAAUUUAACAGAACACGAGUUGCAUAAAGGUUCCAUUUCAAAUUCGACUGCGGACUUCAACUAUAUGGCUGUAUUUGCAUUCCGCGUUAAGUCGAAUUUGGAAUGGUACCUUAAGGGGAAUAUGACUGCAUCCCAACAGACUGCGCCAGUAACAUUCAGUUCCCUGGACUGCCUUGUUUAAAAAAAACUUGUCCAAGUGCGAACUGAAACUAAAUUUUAAGAGGAUAUGGGAGCUGAGAUUUAAAUAUUUUAGAUAAAUAUAUCCGUCUCGCUAACGGAAGCAGCUCCUAAAACUAGUGUGAUAAGGACAACGCCAGGUUAGGCGAAAAAUCCUGCGUAAAAAUCUUAAAAAAACGAUGUUUUGUACUCGACCGUUUCCUCCUCCAAAACUUAACCAAAUGUAACGAAAUUUUGUAAUCUAAAUGGCAAUGAAAUAUCUGUGUCGGAUUGUUUUGCUUUUUAGCCUAAUUGAUUUCAUUUUUGAAUACCAUGCUUCUCUUUGCGGCCUAGUAAAUUACCCGUUUUUGCGAAUAUUUGCAGUGCACUAGCGCCUUAGGAAACAGAAAUACCAAAAAAAGCAAAACAGUCCGACACAGAUAUUGAUAAUAAUAAUCUGUGUUGAAAACAUCAUUGCUCUAGCUUCAAAAACCACGGAGGAAACAGUCAAGUACGUUUGUAUGGAGAAAUGACCACUCCUGUUACCCCUUAACGUAUCAUUUUAUAAUUUUGCAUAAUAUUAGCAAAAUGAAUGCUGAGCAAAGGUUACUAUAGUCGUUGUAAGUUAAGAAGUAAAUUUUGUCAGUUAUGAAUUGACCCUUAUAUUUACGAGACUAAGACCUACUGUUUAACUAAUAGCCUUAGUGUCAUAUAUAUAAGGUUCAAUUCAUAACUCAAAAUUGACUGCUUAGCUGCGUUAGACUAUAUGUUAUGAUAUGUCGUGUCAUCCACGGUGACGCGCAGGUUUGUGAAAUCUAACCUUUAAUAAUAUGACAGUCGACGCACCUGUCGUCAUGAAUGACGUGAUAUAUAAUUAACUUAAUGUUAAGAACUCUGACGCCAAUUUGUUUACAUAUUAUUAGCAUUUACGAUACAAAAAGUUGCCUGACUGAUUACAUUUUGCCUAUCCACCCUUUGCCAUUCAACUUUAAACAGCAGCGACAUAGAUCAUGACUCGUACCUAUUGUCAUGUUAAUAAAGGUGAGAUUUGACAAAUCUGCGCGUCAUCUUGGAUGACACGAUCUAUAGCUAAGUAAAAACUUUCAUCAUAAAUGAUUUCUUAUUUUUUGAGACUAAUUAAUUCGCGAGGAAUCACCGAUUGUGCGUUUUCAUUCAUGCGUUUAUUUCGCAACUUGCGUGUGUGUAAGACGGAAUAACUGACUUUUUUGUAUAUGUUGUAUCUACCUACUUAUUAUCGCAUUGAUUACUAAACUGCUACAUAAAGCGAUGUAUAUAUUGCAGAGUAUCGUGAAAAUGAAUUAUUACCAGUUAAUCCAGUCGGCAAUAAUCUUGCUUAAAAAUGCCAUAGAGUAUAACAAUGGGUAUGUGAAAACUGGGAAAACGAAAACAGGACUGCGUACGCCUUGACAUCAUUGUGAACCUUCGUGGACCGGAAGUUGACAUAUAUCAGCUGUCGAAUAACUAAUGGGGCCUAUAGCAACCAGACGGCGCCACAGGCGCACACAUAGCCAAUAUGGCGACUUUAACACUGGGAAUAAUUCGUAAAAAAAUGUAGCUGCGUGACUUCGGGACCUAUUUAUCUAUAAAUAAGCCUUAGGACUGGUGUAGAAUUAUUAUAAGCAUCUUCCACAUUUUCGCUGAACAUUGUACCAGAUAAGUAAAAAAGUUAAAAAAAGAGAGAGACUGUUACCUUUAUAAAAAUGCUCCUCAAACAAAAGAUCAAUUUAGUGAGUUACAGGCGUAUUCUGAUUUUGGUAACAGGCCAAGAAUUAAAUCUGGAUUAGUUGAUUCUAAUUUGUCAGUGUCAAAAGUGAUGUUUUUGGUUGAAGAAAUAGUUAAUUAAGAUAUAAUCCUUAACCUGUUAUGGCUGUUAUUGUUAGUGUUAUUUUAAUCAGAAGACGCCUGUUAGUUUAAGCUAGAUUUAGAGAUGCCAUCUCGAAAAAAAGAAUGCAGGAGAGAAACUCUACAGUGAACGUUUAGCAGUCAUUAUUAUGUCACAGCUUUUAUGUACUAUCAGCCAAGAUAUAAGCUUGGCAAUGCUGCAUACACGCAUGCAGGGGUGCUUGGCUAAUAGUUUUGCUGAUUGUACCAUUGAAGUCUUUUGGGUUAAUGUGGAUGGAUCUAUUCGUUUUUAUAUUAACUUAGGUUUAAGUAUUAUUUUUGGACUUACCAGCCAACGCCGCGUUGGAUUUUGUGAUUUAUUUUGUACGAGAGAAGCCGUUUGCUGUACAGUUUUAGUUGAGAUUAUCCGCUAGUAUGGUAGAUAUCCUAUUAAAGCGUUUUUUUUAGUUACCGCCUUUUUUUGCAGAUUUGAAUAUACAUUUGAUGGGUAUAAGAAAAGACUCACCGUUUUCUUUGCUGUUUAGAUACCAUUAAAAUAUCUUAUUAAAAUAUCCAUUGGUGUAAGGCCUGAGUGGACGCUCGAAGCGAAGCGUUCGGCGGGGCGUGCAGCGUGGCGUCGGGCUCAUAAGUGAUUUGAGCAGCGUGCACUAAGACCGCUCCUAUAUGUUUGCAUUUGUGUAACAUGCACGCCGCACGCCCCGCUCCGCUGCACGCCCAACUCGAGUGCACACAGUAACGAUUAAGAAAUUGUACAAACAUCUUGCGAAAUAGUGUUUUAUUUGGGACUUAUCUGCCCAUCAAAUUUACGAUUCAAAAACGUCGAUAAAAAAAUGAAGAUCGGCUUUAUUUUUCUUCAUUAUUAUAACGCAGUGUUUUAUGUUAUUGACAUUUACCUUUGAAGAACAUUUUUUAUACCCUUGAUUACAAGCGAUAUACAUAACUGAGUCUGUAAGUCUUUUGUUGGAUGACUUUUGAAGGAUUUUUUGAGUUAAAACUUCUUUGCUUGUUGGUUUAUUAUGAUAUUUUGGAAAUUUAAAUUUCACAUACCUUGCAUUUUGAUUCUUAUUUACUUGAUGCGUAAAGAUUGUUUUUCAUUAACAAAAAUCCUUCUUUUCAUACUGAUUAUUAUGAGAAUGACGAAUUUAGUAGUGAAAGAAAUUCUUGACUUCCAUACUUAUAUAUAUAUCUAAAGAUAAAUCAAAAAGACAAGUGCCAACCAACAACCAACCUAUUCGAGAAAGCUGCUUUAAACAAACUUUGUAUUAUGUGACAUAUUAACAUGUAAAAAUAGCAAUACGAAUGUUGUAAAACAUCUACCAAACUGUCUCUAUUAGACUAGUUCGAUUUGCUAAAAAUGUACAAUAUCAUGAAAAAUUCACAAGUGUAAACUGGCAACAUUGCUGCGAUUAGGCGGGUCCACACAGAGCGAACAUCCGCGCGAGGCAAUUUCCUCGCGCACAAAACGGCCAGUUUAGACGUGCCUCGGCUGAGGCGGGCAUGCUCAGGCGAGGAAUACGCGCGCGCCGCCUCGGGUGAGGCAUGUCUACACAGGCCGUUUUGUGUGCGAGGAAAUUGCCUCGUGCGUAUGUUCGCUCUGUGUGGACCCGCCUAUUGACGCACGCUUGACCAAUGACGAGAGGCCUUUUAUCAGUGUUGCUAUUUUACUCUUUUGAAAUCGUCAUAAAAUAGCAAUAGCCCUGUAAUUUAAAGCAAUGCCUUAAAACUGUUCUAAAAUUAAAAUAGAAACCAAACUGAUAAAGUUACUCCAAAACAGACUAGAACUACAAACUGUAUUAUAGUGUAUUAUCGCCUUGGUCGUGUGUUUAAGGUUUAGUUUAUAAUUAUUAUAAGUAACGCCACAAAUAAAUGUAUUUUUAAGUUA